AUGCAAAGCGUCGAUCAUAGAGCUGCGAAGAACCCCAAAGCAGAAGGAAUGAAAUCCGUAGAGUUUCUCGAUCACUUGGCAGAUGUCCAGAUGCAUUGCACUGCCCCGUGUCUUCCUCUGUUGUACGAAACAGCCGUAAAGGGAAUGAUGAGCUAUGCAGUGAAAGCCCCGACAGUAGCCAAAGGAGGAGGAAGAGUUGAACUAUCUGAAGGGUCUAACGAAAUGAACAUGGUAGCACUUCUGACACACUUCAUAGACCUGAUGUACGGUGAGGGAUUUGUUGCCAUAGAGGUCUCUGUAGCACUGAAGAAUGGGCUCCUUGUUUGUGACUACUCGACGGCCGACGGAUCCAAAUGUCAGAGUCUCUGUGAAAUCAAGGCAAUUACUCUUUGUGACUUAAGAAUAUUUGAGAAGGAUGGUGUAUUUCACUCAUACUGCAUUUUUGAUAUUUAA